AUGGCUGCUGCACCUGGCCUCCGGCUCCCUCACAGCCAACCUCACCGCUCAACUCCCCGUGUCAAACAGCGGACUGUAGCAGGGAUUGUCCGGUCCCAAUCUGGACUGGGAAGCCACAAGAGAAAGCACCCUACCCACCGCCCAUACAUCCAAAAGGUCAUCCGUGCAUCGGUGCUCCCGAGGGCCCAUGAUCCUACGUGCUGCUAUGUUUACAAAUGGGUUAAUCCAGCCUCUAGUGGCUGUCUCAUUGACAGCCGCUUGAGGUGCUUCCGUGCUUCUCACUGUGAUUUGCUUUCCUAUGGACUGGCUGAAUGCGCGCACAGCUCCUGCCGCGCAUGCGUAUUCAGCCGAUGA